UUUGGCAUCCUCCCGAAUUCAACUGCAUCAAUCAAUGCUCUCUUUCUCCCUCUCUAGCUUUCUGUCACUAUAUAGUUUAUAGUUGUACACGUACAGCUGAAUGAAUGUCGUACCUAAAGGGUCACGAAUUUGAAGUUUCUGUGACCCACAAAAAGAAAAAUUCUUUGUGAGCUCUUCUUCUAAUUUCACAAAGCAAAUGCAUGCAAUUCUCAUACUUUUCUGGGUUUUUCCCCAGUAAAUUUGUACUUGAAUCUUCCUGUAAAACAAGAAUGCAGACCCAAAUAUUUGGCAAAAUUUUAUGGGAUUCUGGAGUUUUGACUUUUGCUUUGUAGUAACCGACACGUUAAGGAAUUAAAAAGAGAAUGGAUUAAGGGAGAUUUCGAAUUCUGAGUGGAUAGAGAUCAAAAAAUUAGUUCAGAUUUAGGUAAAAUCUUCACUAAUAAAGGUUCUACUAUGUAGCUGCCCUAAGUAUCUGGGAAGUGGAAAUUUGAGGGUGCAUUGGUGAAAAAUUAGUUGUAUAUGAUUGAGAAAGCAACCUGAAAAAAAGUCGUAAAAGAAAUCUGCAGUUGGGAAAUUUUGAGCUUUUCCUUCUGCAGGGGGAGAAUAUAUAUAUAUAUACGAGCACGUGUAUGUAUAACAAGGUGGAGGAAUUUAAAUCUAGUUUAAGAACAGAAGUAAAGGCAAAGGGCGAGUUGUUUCAAGAGCCUGCUUUUUUGGGAAAUUUUUCGAGAUGGUUGGCAGUAUUAAGGUAAUGAGCAGUGAGUCAUAUUUGAAUGGAGCUAUACAGAACCACAAUGGUACAGAACAGAAGCUCGAUGAAUUUCGUCGAUUUUUAGGCAAGGCCGAUGGUGAUCUAUUGAAGAUUGUUGGAGUAGGAGCUGGUGCAUGGGGAAGUGUGUUUGCAGCUUUGCUUCAAGAUAGCUAUGGUCAAUUUCGAGAUAAGGUUCAGAUUAGAAUAUGGAGAAGGCCAGGACGAGCUGUUGGCAGAGCCACAGCAGAACAUUUAUUUGAAGUGAUCAAUUCCAGGGAAGAUGUAUUGAGAAGGUUGAUAAGGCGCUGUGCGUAUCUGAAGUAUGUUGAGGCACGAUUGGGUGAUCGUACGCUUUAUGCAGACGAGAUUUUGAAAGAUGGAUUCUGCCUGAACAUGAUUGAUACACCAUUAUGUCCUUUGAAGGUUGUAACUAAUUUGCAGGAGGCUGUUUGGGAUGCUGAUAUUGUAAUUAAUGGAUUGCCUUCGACUGAAACACGUGAAGUUUUUGAAGAGAUUAGCAAGUAUUGGAAAGAGAGAAUCGCCAUGCCAAUCAUCGUAUCAUUGGCAAAGGGCAUAGAAGCUGAACUGGACCCUGUUCCUCGUAUCAUUACUCCUACGCAGAUGAUUAACCGGGCAAGUAAGACUUAACUUUUCCUGUUUAGCUUAAUUUGUCAAUAAGUUAGCUUAUACAUAUUCUGAUAGCAAUUUGUACAGUUGCUCAUUUCAACUUCCAUGUCAGACUGCCUUCAUGAGAUACUUAAGAGUUUGUGAAUUGUCUGAAAACUUAAGAAAGUGGGAAAAAAAAAAAAAA